GGUUGCGCGGAGAGUACCCUUCCUAGAUGAGGCCCAAAAAUAGCAUGUCCUACUAACUAACUUCGCAGAGGAUGAAAGAAAGAGUGUGGUUAGCCUGACUGCCCAUUAUCCUCUAAAGUGGGAUGAAGUAGUUGAGAUGGUCCGUGGGCUGCCUUCCAUGUCCAACAGAAAAUGGUCUUUGGAACAAAUGAAAGCAAUCACUAGUGCAAGAGAGGGAAAUGUUGAGGCAGCUACGGGAGGAAGCUUGAAGGCCGAGGAGAUCCUUGGUCUUCUCGUUAAGCUUGGUAGCUUCGAAAAGUUAACCCUUCCUGCCCCAGCAACUCAAACACUUGUUGGAGCCGAAGAAGGUAAGGAAGAAAGAAAGAAGGAGACGCAAAAGGAAGAGAGUGAGAGUGAGAGCGAGAGUAGUGACGAUGAUGACGCUAGGCGAAGGAGAAACGAGAGGCAAAAGAAGAAUCGCGACCGGGAUUGGAAGAAAGAUAAUAAGAGCCGAGAUUGGCAAAGGAGAGAUGGCCCCUUCCGAUGUUAUUACUGUGACGAGGAAAGCCAUACUCUAACCCGGUGUCCGACGUUAGAGAAAGAGCUUGAAGAAGGGAUCGUCAAGAAAAACGUCAAUGGGCACAUCUGUGAUGCCAAUUGGAACAAGGUAGACUUCCGAGUCAAAGGAGGGAUGCGAGCGGUAAUCCUAGAGAAGGCUAAGGCCAAUAAGGAUAAAAAGAAGAAGGCUAGGGUUAAUGUUGUCACCUUUGACGAUAUGCUACCUCCGGAGAUAGUGGCUCGAGACGACAAUCCUGGAAGCCAAAACCUGAAUGUAUCCCAUAUCAGCCAAAGAGAGGUUGCAGAGAAAAAACGGGAGAAGGCUCAAAGAGAGCUAGACCAACUGAUUGAUGGGACCAAGGACCUAGUGAAGGAAGGGAAAGGAAAGGAAGUUGCCGGGAAAAAAAGGAAGGUGGUCUUGAGAUCCGAGGCCGAGGAAGGUAUCUCGAUAGAUGAAGUAGUAAAGAAACUAUUUGAAGAAACCGAGAUCACCCUAUCUUGGAAGGAGGCGGUAGCUUUGGUGCCAAAGUUUAGAGAAGAACUUAAAAAGAUGGUUGAAAGGCGAAAGGUAGAAAUCAAUAGCCUAAGACUCUUCCCUCAGCAUGUGGAAAGAGCCCCGCCUAGGACCAAGAUGAGGUUUGGCAACAUGUCGUGUGCCUACUUGAAUAUCUCCGUAAACGACGUGAGAGUUAGAGCCCUAGUGGACUCCGGGGCCGAGAUGGUUCUUACGUCCUCGGCCACGAUGAGAUCAUGUGGGUUUGGAACAGACAGGAAGGUUAAUCAUCAGCUUUCUAAUAUAGCUGGAUUCCUGCCCUUGGAAGGUUUUAUUGAUGAUUUGCCUAUUCGGAUUGGAACUUUACGGGUUGAGAUCCUUAGUUUUGUGGUUCCCAACUUGGAUCAUGACUGCAUUCUCGGAGCCCCUUUCCUACAUAGAAUGGAGGUUUGUGCUUUCUUUGGCCAUGAUGGAGCGGCGUGGCUCUCUCUUCAGGAUCCUGUCACUGGUCAAGAGCAGGAUUUUGUGAUAAGUGAUAGACAUCAUCCUCGUCAUCAACGACAUGUUAACUCUCUUAAGCAUGAAGAAUCUGAGAAGCUGAUUGAGGAAGUACGAGCAAAACUGAAAGAAAGUGGAAUAAUAGACGAGAAGACAAUGAUUAGAGUGAAUGAUAUCGGGAAGAUGCUCAAGCUCCUGGAUGAAGAGAAGAAGUUGGGCGAUAAGAGAGAGAUGGAAGGAUUCAAGGAAGCUGUGAGGGUGGCAAAAGCUGGCACGAUGCAGCUUACCUUCUCUGCAACUGGGCCUUUUUUAGGAAAAUAGUCACCGGGUCCAAGAGGAAUUAUAAGCGCAAGGGCGUUAAGAAGAAUCCGGUGGCAGUAUUGAUAGAAAAGGAUUAUAAUGAAGCAUUCGAGAAGGA